CUUUCACAGACACAGCUUUUGGACCUUUUUUUUUGACGAGUGGACGAGAAGUUUUCUGAGAAGACAUGGUGUCGGCAGGCUUUCAGAUGUUGGGCACUGCCCUGUGCAUUAUUGGCUGGAUUGGGACCAUUGUUGUCUGCGCCCUGCCCCAGUGGAAGGUGACAGCUUUCAUCGGUCAGAACAUUGUCACUGCUCAAACCACUUGGGAGGGAAUUUGGAUGAGCUGUGUGGUCCAGAGCACAGGCCAGAUGCAGUGCAAGGUUUAUGACUCAAUGUUGGCCCUUUCCCGGGACCUCCAGGCAGCCCGCGCUCUCAUCAUCAUCUCUAUCCUGGUUGGCAUCAUCGGCAUCCUCCUGGCCAUGGCAGGGGGUAAAUGCACCAACUGCGUGGAGGACGAGUCCUCCAAAGCCAAAAUCGGCGUGGCAGCUGGUGUGAGCUUCAUCGUUGCUGGUGUUUUGUGCCUCAUCCCUGUGUGCUGGAAUGCACACUCCAUCGUAAGGGACUUCUACAACCCAAUGCUGGGGGGCUCUCAGAAAAGGGAGCUUGGAGCUUCACUCUUCAUCGGUUGGGGGGCCUCAGCCCUCCUCAUCCUGGGUGGUGCACUUCUCUGUGCCAACUGCCCUCCCAAGGAUAACUACUCUGCCAAGUACUCAGCUGCCCGUUCAACUGGACCCAAGGACUACGUCUGAGGAGAGGAAAGACAAACGACAAGAGACUGAAAAAAGACUUGAAUCAAAUGCUUCAUGGUCCAUGAAAUUGAUUCAUGUUGCCACAAUAAGCAUCAUUUGAAUGUCAAGGUGAUUUUAUUGUGCUCACAGUUUGGUUUGAUACUUUCAUGUUGAGUUACAGCACUUCAGGAUUUGUUUCAUCAGUGGGAAGAUAAAGAGACGUGCACCACACCCAUACAACUGUUUGUGGACUGAGAGACAACAGGCCCAAUCAAUGGGCAUGAAAAAAGAUAAAGAUGAUACUGGAAUAAGAUUUAACAUGCUACUUUGAUUAAAUGAUUUUUUUAUUACUUUUCCUUUGUUUUCUUCCAUUUGUGUCCCCUCACAUAUCAUUUCAUUAUCAAAUGUGUAUUAUAUGCAACUGUCUGAAACUGUAAAUAAAGACUUUUUUAAUCAACA